AAUUCGUUUCAAAUCACUCAAACAAACACUAUUACCCAUCAAUUUCCUUGGAAGGGUUUUCGAAAAGCUUCCUCAUUUCUGGCCAGAAACCAAGGAAGAAAGCAAGAGAAAGUGGAAAAAAAAAACAAAUUACAAAAAAAUUAAGGGUUCUUUAUUAUAUCAUUCCUCUCUGCUUUGGGCUUCCAUCUCUAUCUCUACUCCUCCAACACAAUGGCCAUCAAGAAACCUCUAAACCUUGUUUUCUUCAUUUUCCUUGUUUCACUACCAUUUGUUCAAUCCUCUACUUCUACCGAGUUCAAGAAAACCACUCUUCAUUUCCUUAAGGUUGUUUUUGGCUCUGUUAAGUCUCAAGCAAACACACAGGUUGAAAGAUUCGGGAAUGAAGCUGCUUCUACUGGCAUGGUUGAAGACUCGGCAAGAGAAGUUCCAACGGGACCUGAUCCUCUUCAUCACAAUAAUCACCCUAUAGGCCAUUGAGUUACCUUCCUUGAAAAACUCUCCAAUAUACAUUUUAGUACAUGUUAGGUUCCUGCUUAUUCCACCUUUUCUUUUUAUCUUAUAUUUCCAUCAAUGGUUCAAUGUCGUAUCAUGAAUUAAGUGCUUAUGGUUUUGAUG